GAGCGAGAGCGCGAGAGAGAGAGGAGGGUGUGGGUCCCACAGCUGGUGAGUGAUGCGAUCAGCAGCAGCUCCUCUCAGCACCAACGCUGCUUUUUAUCGACUAAUAACCGGGACAGCGGGGACUACACGCUGUAAACGCCAUCGCUACUGACGCCGAGCUCGCCCAGCGCGGACAGACAGGAAGUGACCGCGAGGCCUUACAGACGCGCCGUACUGUUGUGUUGCUCCGGACCGCGAUCACAGAGGAUCCAGAACGUGCGAGCACAUUUUGUUUUCUUUAGUGAGUAAUAACUACCUCAAACGCUUCGGGGAGGAAGUCUAAACGGGGAUCCGGACUGGUUUCCCAGCAGCCGAGUUUUAUCUUAUCGAGCUGCCUUUCUCUCUCUCUCUCAUUUUCUCUCUCCCUCUGUUUCUCUUCACACCCAGCUCGCUCUGACAGACUGGAUCUGUCAGCCUAGCGGACGACAGCACCAGCCUGCCAACGUUCAGUCUGUGCCAAGGCACCACUGUCCUCUAGCUGGACUUGUACAUUCAUUUUUCACCCCUUACUGUUGACCAGUGGCCCAUUAUUGUUAUUAUUUUUUUUUCCUCUCACCUCAGUAAUCGUACUGUUUUUUGCUGACAGCUUUUAAAGCUUUUUUUCUAUUUUUUAUUAGAGGUCUAUAUAUACGCAUAUAUAUAAAGAUACAGUACUACAAUAAGAAGGAUUUCUGCUUCCGUUUGAAGGAUAUAUGCACUUUUGGAGUUUACCCAGGACUCAAGGUGUGAAGAGGAUUGGAGCCACUUGUGAACAAAUUUAAGGGGAAAAUAAGUGGAUUUUUUUUUGCUUGAAAACCGUUCUCUUUCUCUUUUCUCUCCUUUCUGCUGCAUCAAGGAAUACGGUCAUGACUCUCUGGCUCAUGGAGGCUUUAAGCUACCAAUUUACUUGAUUUCCGAAAGUCAGAGCUAGUUGCGCAGGCGAAGGAGAAGUUGUCAUCGCUUUUGAAAAACUCCCAAAAAAAAAAGAAAACAAGGUGAAAGAGCAGCCCUCGCCCCAGCCUGCGGUGGAAAAAGGCGCUUCCCGGGUGCGUCCGACACUUAUGUAUUGUUGCAGCGUGCAAGAAAGUAAAAUGGACUAUAAGCGGCGCUUCUUGCUUGGCGGGUCCAAGCAGAAAGUGCAGCAGCAGCACCAGCAAUACCCAGCGAUGCCAGAGCUCAGCCGUGCCCUCAGUGCCCCUCUUGGGACUUCCUGCUCUGCCCCUUCCCCCCUGGCACCUGUAGGCUCCUCCCCGUCCGGCUGCCAUGACCCUUCAGCUGCCAACGCCACCACAGCCAUCGCGGACAUCCAGCAGGGCAUCUCUAAGUACCUGGACGCGCUGAACGUCUUCUGCCGCGCCAGCGCCUUCCUGACCGAGCUCUUCGGCAGCGUUUUCCGGAACUCACGCUACUCCAAAGCGGCCAUGCAGCUGAAGGACGUGCAGGAACAUGUGAUGGAGGCCGCUAGCCGGCUCACAGCGGCCAUAAAGCCCGAGAUUGCCAAGAUGCUGAUGGAGCUCAGUGCUGGAGCAGCCAAUUUCAAAGACCAGAACGACUUCAGCCUGCAGGACGUAGAGGUGCUGGGCCGCUGUUUCCUGACGGUCAUGCAGGUACAUUUCCAGUUCCUGUCUCAGGCUCUGCAAAAGGUGCAGCCGGUGGCACAGUCGUGUCUGGCAGAGGCGCUGGCCCAGGUACAGGAGCGCUGCACGGGCGCUCGAACGCAAACCACUGCCCCAGGACCCCUCAGCGAGCUGGAGGAGGCCGCCCGGUCGUGGAAAGGGGCUUCAGAGGUUACAGCACGUCUGCGGGAGCGGGGUCGCGAUGGCUGCUUGGCUGGGAUUCAGGUGCAGCAGCUCUUCUGCUCUCACAGCCCCUCCCUCCCCGAGCACCAGCUCAAAGAACUCAACCUGAAGAUCAACAGCGCCCUGCAGGCAUACAGAAGUGCGCUGGACUCUCUGGGACACUGUGAGUACGCACUCAAAGGGGGCUUUCACCUGAAUCCCAAAGCUGCAGAAGCUGCAUUACAGGGUUGCUGUAGCGAGGCUGAGGCCCAGCAGUCAGGCCGGAUGCAGACCACCUCUCAGCCCCUCCAGUGUGAAUUACCCACAAUCCCCCUGCAGAUCGGCUCACACUUCCUCAAAGGAGUCUCCUUUAACGAGUCCGCCGCUGACAACCUCAAACUCAAAACGCACACCAUGCUGCAGCUGAUCAAGGAGGCGUCGGGGCAGAACGGGGUUUCCCCGCGGGACGACUCCCCUGUGACAGAGGUGCUGAACCUCGUGUGCCCCUCCAGCUGGAGAGGAGCCUGCAAGACCGCCGUGCAGCUGCUGUUCGGACAGGCCGGACUGGUUGUGGUGGACACGGCUCAGAUAGAGAAUAAGGAGGCGUAUGCCCCCCAGAUUACUCUAGAAGGAUCCAGGGUUGUAGUUCAGGUCCCUUCCACAUGGUGUCUGAAGGAGGACCCGGCCACCAUGUCUCUGCUGCAGCGCAGUCUGGACCCUGAGAAAACCCUCGGCCUGGUGGACGUGCUCUACACGACCGUCUUCGACCUCAACCGCUGGAAGGAGCGCAAGGAACAAGCCCUGCCCACCAUUCAGAUCCAGCUUCAGAGGGACACAUCUGAUUAUGGCGUCCCUGCCGAGCUCCACCCUGGUAGCAGCACCAAGUCAUCCAGCGGCCUGCCCAAGACUAUCUCCAAACUCACCUCCAAAUUCACCAAGAAGACCUCUUCCAGCUCAAGCACCGGUGGCAGCUACUCUAUCCCCAGCACGCCCUCUCGCAGCAUGUUGGCCACCGGUGGUGCUGGAAACAGCGGCCAGGACGAUAAGCCGAAGACGCUGGGUGAUGGACGGCUGCACAGUCUGCUCCAGAUGAGCAUGCCUGGCACCCCUGACCCUGGGCAGCAGGUCGCCAAUGGUUCGAGCCCAGACGAGCAGGGCAUGAACCUGCCCACGGACCAGGAGAUGCAGGACGUGAUCGACUUUCUGUCUGGCUUCAACAUGGGCAAGUCCCAGCAGGCCUCGCCGCUGGUAAAGAGAAGGAACUCUGUGGCCUCUACGAAUGCGGCUGACCUGAAGACGACCAGUGCGGUGGUUCCACCCACUUCGCAGGCGCAGGUUCCACACGGUGCCAUCCCAUUGGUCCAAACUCUGCCCCAACCACAACCGCAACAACCACCCCAACCACCACAACAACAGCAGCAACCUCAGCUCCCCUCUACACCCAAACAGCAACAGCAGACAGCAGUACCCCCGCAGCCCCAGGCCCAACCCCAGCCUUCACCUCAAACACUGCAGUACUACCAGCACCUCCUGCAGCCUAUCGGCCAGCCGCAACCUCAGCAGCCACCGCCGGUAUCCCCCCAGCUCCCUUCCCAGCAGCCCCCGCCACCCCAGCCUCUGACCCAGCAGAGGGCCCCCAGCAAGUGGCCCCAGGGCCCACCAGCAGGGCUCUCCCCGAUUGGACACAUGACCCAAUGGGGCACGCCUGGCCUCCCGGAUCUCAGCUCAGACCUGUACAGCCUGGGGCUGGUCAGCACCUACAUGGACAGCAUGGUGUCUGAGAUGUUGGGCCACAAGGCGCCGCCGGGGCCGCGCAACAACACCUGGCCUAAUCGAGAGCAGAGCGAGCAAGGAGUGUUUGGAGUGCUGGGGGACACCAUCCCCUUUGACCCUGCAGUUGGCUCAGAUCCGGAGUUUGCACGUUAUGUUGCUGGGGUCAACCAGGCCAUGCAGCAGAAGCGGCAGGCGCAGCAUGUCCGUCGCCCUAGCAACGCCCGCAGCAACUGGCCACUCCCCGACGACCAGCACAGAACCUGGUCCCACCCAGAGUACUACAGUGAAGGGGAGGCGGUGAACAGUACCUGGUCAGCCAAUCAGGGGGACUCGGCCAGCUCGAGUGACGAGACCUCUUCAGCCAAUGGGGACAGCCUGUUCUCCAUGUUCUCCGGCCCUGACCUGGUAGCAGCAGUGAAACCAAGACGGAAGCACAGCUGUGGUGAGCAGGAAGUGUGUACGCUGCCCUCUCCUCCUCUCCAUCACACCAGCGAUGACAAUAACCAGGAUAGCAAAACUAAAACAUGGCCCCCGAAGGCGCCGUGGCAGCACUCCUCCCACUCGAACACGAUGCCCAAUCCCAGCUCUUCCCUCUAUCAGAUGACCAUCCCUUCCAGCCAGUGGAGUGACUCCAUGCAAAUACUGCAAUCCCCCGUGUGGUCGACAGCCAACGACUGCACUCCUUCCAGCGGCCUCUCCUCUGGCUUCCCUUUCGCCCAGCAGCAACAGCAGCAGCAGCAGCAGCAGCAGCAGCAGCAGCAAGCCUCGCAGCACAAAGCGCUCAGCAAAGGCUUCAAAAACUUCCCGCUGAAACCCGAACACCGGCCGUCGUACCUGCACCAGUACUGAGCCGGCCUAGUACUGCUGCAAGUUGCCUUGUAAUCGCUGUUGUAGGUCCAGGGAUUACGUUUCGAGUGUAAUAGUGCAAGAUUAGGACCGCGUAGGCUUUAGACUGGUCCUAGAUCAACAAUUAAGGGUGGCCAUUUCGGUAUGCCAAGGUUGGAACCAAUGUUGGCAGCGGACAGUGCUAGGGGCGCGUUCAAAAUGUGGGAUGCUGCAGAGCAAAUUGAUUAAACAAGCCCAUCUGCCAAGGAGCCAUGUUAGUCACUCCAGCUGAAGGGUUCGAAGCUGGACAGGACUAACGUACGAGGUCAGGUGGGCGCCAUCUCACUGUUUGGCUCUUGGGCCUAGUACAAAACUGUAGCCGAGACGUUCUUCUCGACCUUUACUGACUACCAACCUGUACAUUUUGAUAGUUCUUUAGACGAGUGUGGUUUUUAUAGGCAAAAUUUGUAUUGAACGUUGUGGC